AUGGUCGCUGUCAAAAGAGAAGGAGGUGGAGGCAACAAAUCUAAAGGCGGAGGAGGAGGUGGUGGUGGUGGCGGCGCCAACAACAACAAUCAGAAGAAGAACGGACCCACACAUCCAGCGCUCUACUAUUCCAACAAACGUAUGAUGAAGAUUCUCCGCUGUGACGAGGCCGAUUUGGAGGUGUUGAAACACGGCGCMGCGAAGAUUGUGAAGCACAACCCACAGGUCAAUCUUCGGGUUCUACGCUGGGAGCUUUCCGAUCGGGAGCCGGAGUGGAAGGAGAUGUUGAGCGGGGAGAGAUGGGAAGGAGAGGAGUAUCAAGGAGAUGACUUGGACCCUGCGGGUUUUGAGAAAGACAUUGCAAAUGUCAUCAUCAAACUCAAGGCCCUUGCCAACAACAAGGUCACCGUGGAGAAGAAGAAAAAACGAGCCAAGAGAGGGGGUGCUCCAAGAGAAGGUGGAGGCGGUCGUCGUGGAUAUGGGGGUGAUGGAGGUGGUCGUCGUCGUCAAUAUGGAGGUGGUGGAGGUGGAGACUCAGACACAGAAGGCGGCGGUGGAGGUGAAGGAGGCGGUAGAGGUAGAGGCGGCGGCAAUGAUGAUGAUGAUGGUGGUGGCGGUGGAAAUCCCGAGAACUACAUGAUGUCUGGGGGAUUGAGGAGUGAGACUCCUUGCCYACGACCACGAAAGCCACCUCCGACGACGUUCAAAAAGCUGGAUUGGCUACACAAGGACGCCGAUCCUGAAGACGAAAGCUCACUUUUUGUGGGCAAGAAUGAGGAGCAGGAAGAGCAGGACCUCUACCCGUCUUCUGCUGCAAAUUUGAGACCUCAGCCAGACUUUCUUCGAGAAUUCGCUACGGAGUCCACCCCAACGCCGGCAAGCCGCCGCAACCAUCCCAAUCGCAUGCUACAAGACGAAGAUACCAACACUGGCUUUGUUGGGGUCUUCGAUGCGGCUCGUAGGAGACAUGAAUUUGGAGGGUAUGAAUGGCAGCAAGCCGGCCAAAGGUGGAACUAA